AUGGAAAGUUCAUUCAUGACCUCCAUGGAGAAAACGGGAAGACCAAGCGAGCUUUAUAUUGACUUACAUGUUAAAUACAUCCAAUCUCUUGAUACGAAAAAAGAUGACUUGGAAUAUUGGCUCACUGAACAUCUUCGUUUGAGUGGAGUAUACUGGGGUUUAACAGCUUUAGAUUUAAUGAACAAUAUUGAUGCCCUCAAAAGGGAGGACGUGGUGAAGUAUGUGGUUUCUUGUCAACACGAUAAUGGUGGAUUUGGUGGACAUAUAGGACAUGAUCCACAUAUAUCAUAUACUCUUUAUGCAGUUCAAAUUUUAAUAACUGAAGAUUCUUUGGAAGCUGCCAAUGUUGAAAAGAUUGUAGAAUAUGUCGCGUCUCGUCAAGAUCGUCAAACUGGUGCUUUUACUGGUGAUGAGUGGGGAGAGAUAGACACUAGAUUUUCAUAUAUUGCUAUUUCAUGUCUUUCAUUGUUAAAGCGUUUGGAUGCUAUAGAUGUUAAGAAAGCCAUUGAAUUCAUCAUGCUUUGUAAAAAUUUUGAUGGUGGUUUUGGAAGUAUUCCAGGAGCAGAAUCUCACGCUGGUCAAA